AGGGGAGCUCGAGGGGGAAGGGAAGCCGGUGAUCCACCUGGAGAUCGGCCGGCCCGACUUCGACACGCCGGACCAUAUCAAGGCGGCGGCCAAGAGAGCGCUCGACGACGGCAAGGUCCACUACACCUCCAACUACGGUGUGCCGGAGAUUCGCCGGGCCAUUGCCGCGAAGCUGCGCUCGGACAACGGUCUCGAUUUCGACGAGAACGGGGAGAUCGCCGUCACCAUCGGCGCCAACGAGGCGGUGUUCAUGGCCGUCAUGGCGUUCAUCAACGAGGGCGACGAGGUGCUGGUGCCGGAUCCCUCGUGGCUCAACUACUUCCAUUGCAUCACCCUGGGUGGCGGCGUGCCGGUGAGCGUGCCGCUGCGGGCGGAAAAGGAAUUCCGCAUGGAUGCGGACGACGUCGCCCGGCUGGUGACGCCGCGCACCCGCAUGAUGGUGGUGAUGAGCCCUCACAACCCCACGGGCGCCGUGCUCGACCGGGGGCACCUGGAGGCCCUGGCGGCCGUGGCCCGGGAGCACGACCUGCUGUGCUCUCCGACGAGAUCUACGAGAACCUGCUGUAUGACGGCGCCGUCCACCACAGCAUCGGAACCCUGCCGGGCAUGCGCGAGCGUACGUUGCUGGUGAACGGCUUUUCCAAGAGCUACUCCAUGACCGGAUGGCGCCUGGGCUACAUUGCCGCGCCCCGGGUGCUCAUGGAUGUGCUCAUCCGCGUGCAUCAGUAUACGGUCUUGUGCGCUACGUCCUUCGCCCAGUACGGCGCCGUGGCCGCCUACGAGGGACCGCAGGACUGCGUGGGCGAGAUGCGGCAGGAGUUCGCCCGGCGCCGGGAGCUCAUUCUGGGCCGGCUCCAGGCCAUGGAAGGCAUUGAGUGCGCGGUUCCCGAGGGCGCCUUCUACGCCUUCCCGUCCAUCGGCGCCCUGGGCCGGUCGUCGGAGGACGUCGCCAUGCACCUGCUGGAAGACGCCUACGUGGCCACCGUGCCCGGCAGCGCCUUCGGCCGGUACGGCGAGGGAUACAUCAGGCUGGCGUACUCGAACUCCUACGAGAACAUCGAGGAAGCCAUGGACCGCAUGGAGGCGAGCCUGGCGAGGUUGUAG